UGCCUCGACUCAUCGACUGAACUCUCUCUCAAGUUUCUGGCUCCUAACUUGUCCAUAAAGAAAACACCCUUGUAAACACUCCAGCAAGACCAGACAUCAUCGCAUCAAAUCGAAGAGAAGAGAGUGAAAACAUAAAACAACAACAACAAUGUUUAGGAAUCAAUACGACACCGACGUUACCACAUGGAGUCCAGCUGGUCGAUUAUUUCAGGUAGAGUACGCGAUGGAGGCAGUGAAGCAAGGCUCGGCGGCGAUUGGACUCCGAUCCAAGUCUCACGUGGUUCUCGCAUGCGUUAACAAAGCUAACUCUGAACUCUCUUCUCACCAGAAGAAGAUUUUUAAAGUCGAUGACCAUAUCGGUGUCGCCAUCGCUGGACUCACCGCCGACGGCCGUGUUUUGUCUCGGUAUAUGCGAACUGAAUGUAUAAAUUACAGUUUCAAUUACGAGUCUCCGCUUCCUGUUGGUCGCCUUGUCGUUCAGCUCGCUGAUAAGGCUCAGGUCUGUACCCAACGUUCUUGGAAACGACCUUAUGGUGUUGGUCUGCUGGUAGGUGGCACUGAUGAAUCUGGAGCUCACCUCUAUUACAAUUGUCCCAGUGGGAACUACUUUGAAUACCAGGCCUUUGCAAUAGGAUCCCGUUCACAAGCUGCAAAGACAUACCUGGAACGCAGAUUUGAGAAUUUUUCGGACUCUUCAAGGGAUGAUUUGAUCAAGGAUGCUCUCAUUGCAGUCAGAGAAACCCUACAAGGAGAAACACUCAAGAGUUCUAUCUGCACUGUUGCUGUGUUAGGAGUUGAUGAGGCAUUCCAUAUACUGGAUCAGGAAACCGUCCAAAAGUUGAUUGAUGCAUUUGAGAUUGUGGUUGAGACAGAGGCUGCUGCCGCCGAACCAGAUGCUGCCGCCGAACCGGAUGCUGCCGCUGAGGGGGGCGCUACUGGUGAUGAGGGUGCUGCUGCUGCUGCUGAUGAAGGUGCGGCUCCAAUGGAAAUAUGAUGCAAGAAACAAGCUGCUUCUCUGCCCUAGUCUUUAGAUGAUGUUUUCUAGCUUGUGCUUUCCGAAUUUAUUCAAAAAUGAAAGACGCCAUGGAAAACAUUUUUUUGUUGGAUUUCCUUUUCUAUGGAAUUUACUUUGCUUCACUUGUGCAAACAUAUUUUAUGCUAGCCUUUGGCGAGCUUAUCCGUGAUUUAUGAUCUCAAA